AUGCGUCGUUCACCUCCAUCUCAUAUACAUAUACUCCCUUCUCAUAUCCCCACACCUCCUCGAGGUGCACCGAAAUAUUAUCUUCCAAUACCUCCCAUCCCUGCUCUCAUAACGGACACAUCAACCAAACAUGAUCGAACUUGUUCACUCGAAUCAAUAUCUUCCAUCCGUUCUUCCAGAGAAUCACAUGCUAUAACCCCUACCAUCCAAUCAUUCACUUCGAACAUUCAACCUUCUUUACCUGGCAAUUCCAUCAAGACGGACGAACGACCGGUCAGGGCUAAUGGAGGGAUCUCAGAUGGAAGUGUAUAUGGGAUGAACCCAUCGAUGUCGUGUAGUGAAGAGAAAAGAAAGAUAGAGGAAAGAGAAAGAGAAAGAGAAAAUAAGAAUGAAAAAUCAUUACCACCUUGGAUCACGUCGAGGAGUAUUGAUACUGCUCUUCAGAAAAUACCCAAGGAGGUCUUACCGAUUACGCCGAAAGGGGCGGUGGUAAUGACUCGUUAA